GGUGGUGGGCUCCUGCAUGACCGACCUGGUCAGUCUUACUCCUCGUUUGCCAAAAACCGGAGAAACCAUCCAUGGACAUAAGUUUUUUAUUGGCUUUGGAGGGAAAGGUGCCAAUCAGUGUGUCCAAGCUGCUAGGCUUGGAGCAAAGACGGCCAUGGUGUGCAAGGUUGGCAAAGAUUCUUUUGGCAAUGAUUACAUAGAAAACUUUAAACAGAAUGAUAUUUCUACAGAAUUUACAUAUCAAACUAAAGAUGCUGCUACAGGAACUGCUUCUAUAAUUGUCAAUAAAGAAGGCCAGAAUAUCAUCGUGAUAGUGGCUGGAGCAAAUUUACUUUUGAAUACUGAAGACCUGAGAGAAGCAGCCAAUGCCAUUAGCAGCGCCAAAGUAAUGAUCUGCCAGCUAGAAGUAACUCCAGCAAUUUCUUUGGAAGCCCUAACAAUGGCCCACAGCAGUGGAGUGAAAACAUUGUUCAACCCAGCUCCCGCCACUGCUGACCUGGACCCCCGGUUCUACACCCUCUCAGAUGUGUUCUGCUGCAAUGAAACUGAGAACAUAAAGGACCCCACCUGCCGGAGGAACCUCCCUCACUCCGCAGACGCCCUUCAAGCCACAGCACCACCCCAGGGUGCUGGCGACAGUUUCGUAGGAGCUUUGGCCUUCUACCUGGCUUACUACCCAAAUCUGUCCUUGGAAGAAAUGCUCAAGAGAUCCAAUUUCAUCGCAGCAGUCAGCGUCCAGGCUGCAGGGACACAGUCAUCCUAUCCGUACAAGAAGGACCUGCCACUUGAUUUGUUUUGAUUGCUACUAACUCAAACAUAAAAAUACCUGGAAAUAAAAUGUUCUUGAAGGUGG